AUGCUCGCCGCCAGGGUAAGGGAGCUCGCGAAAUUCAUCAGUCACCAUGGACUCGAAGUUCCUCCUAUGAGUCCAGAAAAUACUGAGACAUUAUCGUACACCUUGAAGGCCCUAAAAAUCGCCGAUCUACAAACUCACCAGAUCCAAGCCCAGCAUGACGAUGGGAAUGAUGCAAUUCAAGAGAACUCUGCCAACUCAGGCCCGGACUAUAGCUUUGAACCCUCUGGUGGCAUAGGAGUAACGAUGAACCGCCCGAUCGUUGUUCCCUCGUCUGAUAGCUCUCAAGCCGACCCAUCUCGAGCUACUCAAGGUUUGAUGGGAUUGGCGAAUGUGAUGACAGACAACGCAACAGAUCACCAAUCUGCUGGAAUGUGCAAUAUCGCCGCCGAAUCCAUGGUUUCAGAUUCUGAAGAAUACGCCGGCCGCGAUGCAGCAGGCUUCGCUCCCUAUGAUCCUGUCCACCCAAGCUCAGCCACAGUACGACAGUCCGGUCUCAGUGAUCAACGCACUUGUUAUUCUAUGAGUUUAGAUAGCAACGUUAGCUCCACGGAACCUAUUGAUGAGCUUGCAAAUCAGCUAUCCGACUGCGUGGGAACUCUCCAUAUACGACCUGAAGGACAUAUCCGGUUCUACGGACCCACAUGCGGCUUUAGUCUUCUCAGGAUAUCAGCAACAGACGUCACCAUGAAUGUUCAUCGAACUGUUCGGAACGAUGGAGCUGAGCAUCUGGAUCGUCUUGGACUCAACAGCAAAGUGCCGUCCGCUAUUGAGGAGCACUUGAUUGAGCUUUAUUUUACCUGGCAAGACCCAUCAUGCCAUGUUGUGGAUCGUAUCAUGUUCGAGAAAUCGAAGCCAACAUGCCAUGACCAGCUUGAGGGCACAGCGUACUACUCGGAGUCCUUGCGAAAUGCUAUAUGUGCUUUGGGGGCGGCUUUCGACACUCGAUACCAUCCGACAUUUAUGACAUUCCCUCGAUCCGUCGCCGAUUUCUUCGCCGACAGGGCUAAGGCUCUACUGGAGAUUGAGAUAGACUCGCCUUGUGUCGCCACCAUCCAGGCUUUGAUCCUUCUAAGCUCCCAUGACAUCGGAUGCGGCAGGGAUGCGAGGGGGUGGGUCUUUAGCGAUGUGCUAGGCAUGGCGACACGAUUGUCAUUCAACCUAGGCUUACACCAAGAUUUAGAGCCCUAUAUAGCUAAAGGUGUGGUAAGCAGGGCUGAGGCCGAUCUACGCCGGGUUGUCUUUUGGGCUGCCUUCAUCGUUGACCAUGUCUGGAGCCUCCACUUGGGUCAGCCAUUCCGAAUGUCUAUGAAAGGCGUUACCCUUGAUAAACCGACACAAAGGGAAUGCUCGCAGCCUCUCGGGCAAUGGGUUCCGUACACUAGCCCUACCGCGAGCCAACCCUUCCUUCCCGUAUCAAACUACACUGAAGAAGUUUUUAGAAAUCAGGUUUCCCUCUUCGGUAUCAUAGCCCACCUCUGUGAUGCCUUUCACGGUGGUGCGACUAGCUCGAAGAGUGAUAUGCAAGCUCUUCACGCCAUGGUAGUCAAAAAGCUUGCGGAUUGGAAAAGCGGUCUGCCAGUCGAGCUAUUAGUAGACUUGCAUGAUCGGAAUGCACUGUAUCUCCCACAUGUUCUUUUACUUCACAUGCAGUAUUAUCAGAGUCUUAUCUACACUCAUCGCCCGUGGAUGUCUAAAAGCCGAUCACAGCAGGAUCAGGUACUCGCUCCUACUUCUAGUGAUUCCCAGAAGAUAUGUAUGGACUCGGCGAGCGCUAUUGCGCAACUUCUCCGGCUUUACGAGGAACGAUAUACGCUUCGGAGGAUAAACAUUCAGGCUGUAGCGAUCACUCUGUCCGCCGCUCUGCUACUGUUGUUUGCAUCGGUGUCUCACUACCAGCCAGAGAAGGGAAGCGAUAUAUUCCUAGAUCUUAACAUUUGUUACCGAGCGUUGGACGAGCUGGCAUCAGCAUGGGAUACAGCCAGGCGGGCUCGUGACCUUCUCAUCAGGCUGCAACGACUAUGGGCACAACGAUCGAGGAUUAAGACUGUACGCAGUGACUAUGAUGUCGGUGAUACAGGUAAUAGCUAUCCGAGCACGAGGAAGCGGCGGUGUGUACCAAACGAUGAGAGGUCAGAUAUACAUGUGUGGGGAGGCGAUGAUAUGUUAUCAUCUUCGGGAAGUCAUCUGGCCAACAAUGGCAACGAAGAUUCUAGCUUUAGCACAGAUAUAGAUUUUGAUUGGAUGCUGAGGACGAGCAUAGAAGGUAUGCCCGGGGACUGGGGCAAUAUUUUUGCAAUCCUCCCAAACUCCCUAGGGUUGGGUUAA